UGUAAAUAUUUUCGCAUAAAUGCAAAAAUUAAUUAAGUAAUAUAGUUUAAAAUUUUUAUUUCUCAUUUUAAUUUCGAUAUUCGAUUAUUUAUCAUUCAGUUAUAUUAUAAAUUAAUUUUAUUGCGAUAUGAUCACAAGGAAAGUAAAAGUUAUAAAAAGUAAUUGGUGGUCAAUACCACAAGAAGUGUUCAUAAAAAUAUUACUUAAUUUAGAAACUAAGGAUAUUUUAUCUUUAGCAUCAGUUUGUAAUAGAUAUAACGAAAUGUGUAAAGAUGACUAUAUAUGGAGAAAAUUAUUUCAUCGUGAUUUUAUGGUUGAUACUUUGGUAGAACUAAGACCAGGUGCUAGCUCAUGGAAAGCAGAAUAUAAACGCUUGACUUUUAAUAUACCUGUUGUUCUAACAGAAGUUCUUGAACAACAUUCACAUCAGGUUUUACAUGUUAGCUUCUCUCAUGAUGGGAAAAUGUUUGCAACUUGUUCGAAAGAUUCAAGUGUUAUUUUAUGGAACUCUGAACAUCCAUGUUCAGUAAAAGGUGUUCAGCAUAUGGAAAAAUAUAGUUGGAAAUCAACUCAUUUUUCACAAUUUAAUAAAACAGAUACACUUCUCCUGGUAUCUGGGGUGCUUUUUGGGUCAUCCAUGGGUGAAAUUGCUGUAUUCAGUAUAGAUGAAAGCUCAUUGUCUUUACGUUGUCGUAUGGCAAAUCGUCCGUACGAUAUAUUUGGCACUUGGUUCAGUGAUCAAUAUUUGCUGUCAGGUGAUCUUCACUGGUUAGCCCACUUAAUUAGUAGAUCAGUAAUAUGGUUAAAUAAAGCGAAUCAGGAAAUUUCUUCAGAAAAUAAACCCAUAAUGACCGAACUAUACAAGUUUUAUAAUAGAAACGCAAGUUCUAUUCGUGCAAUAAUGAUAGCGAACUGUCCUUGGCUUAAUGAUAUGAAUGAUCCUUUAAAAAUCGAACAUUUAAAUUUUGAAGGCGAUAAUAUUGAUAUAGAAGCCAUAUGUAAUGAAUUAAGAAACGGAAGUUUUACUGCUGAUUCUAGAGUUCAAAGAAUAUACGAAUUACUUGAGGAUAAAGAUAAUGCCAGGAACGAUAUAAUAUUAGAUUUGUUAUUGAACUUUUCAGAACUCGAUUUAGAAAAUUUUCGGAAGUGCUUUCGAACAACAAAUAAACGGGAUAUUGAUCCUUUAUCUGAAAAUUUGUGUAAUUAUAGAAAAAAAUAUUUUGAAAAUAAUUUAUACCAAUUUGAUGAAAAUGGUCAAGAAAAAAAUCAUAGUAAAGAAAACAAUAAUGAAGAAUGGAAAUCACACGAUGCUUAUGAUGACUUAGAAAACUCUUUAUCGAAAUAUUUAAUUUUCUUUACUGGAUCAAAAACAUAUUUACCUCACGAAAUUGGUUUUAAACGAAUUCAGAAUAUACAUUUUCCUACAAAACUUGAUCCUGGUCCAUCAUUAAGAGAAAGGUAUGUGGCAAAACAAAGAGAGAAAGAAGAAAGAGCUCGAGAACAGAACGAUCCACGAGAGGAGCCUAAUUGGAGAGAUUAUGAUUCUGUAGCGGAUCGUUUUGAUAAAAUUGAUAAAAUUAUAGAUCUUCAUGGACAUAUUAUAGGAAUGGCAUUAAGUCCAGAUCAUAGGUUUCUAUAUGUUAACACAAGGCCUUGGCCUAAAAAUUACGUGAUUACAAAUCCACUGGAACCUCCGCCCAUAGCACAAGAAAUUGAAAUACAUGUUAUUGAUAUGACAACUUUAGAAUCAAUAGGAAAUAUAUUUAGAGCUCAUAAAGCCUACACACCGAAUACCGAAUGUUUUUUCAUUUUUUUAAAUGUUUGCGAUGAUUACGUUGCAAGUGGAGCAGAGGAUAAACAUGCUUAUAUAUGGGACCGAUUUUAUGGCCACUGUCUUGCUAAAUAUAAACAUCAAGACGUUGUUAACGGUGUUGCUUUUAAUCCUAAAGAUUCUGAAAUGCUAAUAACAACUAGUGAUGAUUAUUCAAUUAAGGUUUGGAGAUCUAAAGAAAAGGCAAAACAAUUGAAUAUUCCAUCUACAGAGCAAGCGAUGGUAUACCGAAAGAAAAAUUUUUAAAAAAGUUAAAGAAAUUUUUACGAUCCAAAACUCAUAUGGUUGUUGCUUAGUUGUUUUUUUAAUAUGAAAUU